AUGGCUCUAAACGGCUCAGAAACACCACCAUCUACUAACUCAUCAGCCAUACUAACCUCUGUGGUUUCUUGCGUCCAAGAGCCAAACACAAAAUGGGAUCUAAAUUACACUACUCGUUUGGGAAAAGCCGUAGUCAUAUCGGCUGCAUCUCCCUUGACAGUUCUUUUUAACACCUUAGUAAUGAUAAUUUUGAAGAAAAGAGAAGUAUCAGUACAGAGGCGCUCGAACAUUCUGUUGUUCAGUCUGGCCAUUACAGACCUUCUUGUUGGUGCAAUAUGCAUGCCGUUAGAUGCAAUUACGGAUAUAUUUUAUUUAGGCCAGUUUUCCCUUGUGAACAUCUGUAAAAUAAACCUGUUUAGCAGUUAUAUUUUCAAUAUCUUCAUAUCGGCUUCGGUGAUCCACCAAACAAUGAUCGCUUGGGAGAGAUACUUGGCGAUACGAAAAUGGAUGGACUACAAGAACAUUGCAACCAAAAGCCGCUUGAAGAAGCUGGCGACAUUAUCUUGGCUCUUUGCGAUAUUUUUAGGCUUUCCAAUCCCCUCUCCAAAGUCAGGAACCACCCUGCUUUUCAUUCUUGACUUCGUUAAAGGUCUUUUAAAUUUGUUGGCUGUCAUUUGCUUUCCUGUCUUAAUCUUAUACUUCUACCUCAUGGUGUAUCUCGGAAUACGCAAAAGGAGAAAAAGCAUCGUCAACCAAGUCACAGCUAUGGCAAAACUGAAAUUCGAGUCUAAAGUCACCAAGACCUGCGCCAUGAUCACGUUUGCCCUUUUUAUCGCCGUAGCACCGGAAAUUCUUUCCCUGGUUUUUUCUCUUAUCGCGAGUCCUGAAUUCAUGUUUUGGCUUUCUCAGUUGUCAGACAUGAUGCUGCAAUUAAAUUCUCUGUUCACUCCGCUCAUUUACUGGCUUACAGAUAAACGUUACUGGAAUGCACUGCUAGACUUGCUAAAAAUUAAAAGGCCUCAAGCAAUCCAACCUGCAAAUGGCGUCAUAAGGGAGCUGUCUGAGAUAAAAAAUGACCAAGUCCGAGAACCAGACGUUGUUCAAAAACAGCAAAUUCGCUCGUCUCGAUCGGCUUCCUGCAGCGGACUUCCUUCAAGUUCACAGCUGAACCAUUCUGGAACUGAAGGACGAUAUAAAAGAAGGAAAGUUAGUUGUUAAAACAUGGCUGCCGAGUGAGACUACAAGAUCGAUUCUCUCCUAGAUAAUCAAUGACCUGAAGCGGACGGCGUUUUGUGUCAGCUUGUGAUGUUUCGAAGUGUCUUUUUUUUUUCUUUGUCAAACUGGGAAAUCCGAUUUGGGAUGGCUCACCUCGCUUGAUACGCAGAAGGGUUGAAAAGCCUUAAGCGAUUCUGGCCUUACUUGACAGCAUUCAGGAACUGCAUAUCGAACGGUGAAUUUGAGUAAUUAUUGUACUUGAUGCUUCUUUUUUUUUUUUCUAAUUUAUGAAGUCGAGCGCAGUUUAUGAGGCUAGUUUGUGCACGUUUGUACAAUUACACACAAUGAUCUGACUAGUAUCACAGCGAGUUCAUCUUUAAAACGGCAGAUACCGGGAAGCCGGCCUGAAACUUAAAUUUAAGCUUUAAGGUUAAAGACUCAGGAUUUUUAGACACUUUAAUACUUGUCUUCGUGAAAUGAAAAUUUUUGUCUAUGUAAAUUUUUCACCGAAUUAUAUUUGUUUUAUUGAUUGUUAGUUGUCUCUCUUGCAAUUUUAAUCGCUGUGCCGUUUGUUUUUAGUUGAUCAUGAACAUCGCUUACAGUAGUACUCAAAAUGCCGCGCGUAUCAAACGUUUUUGAAGGUUUUAAUACACAUCGUUAUAACACCGUUAAAUAAAUUCAAACACUUCGAGAGCCGAGCUUCCACUGCAAAUUUGGCGCUUGUCAAAAGUGAGAACCGGCUAGCCGGGAAGGUGAUUUUGGAAAUUUUUUGAACGUUUUCGGUAAAAGCCCAUUAUUACCUUAUACAUACUACAUAGGAGUAGAUUGUUCUGACUGAAAAGUCCCGAAAUUAUGGAAUUAUCUUCAUGCAAAUGUUUCAUAAUGUGGUCAGUUUUAUAAUUUGUUGUGCAAAGGAAGCGCGUGCUUCGAUCGUCAUGAAUAUUAAUUGUGAGUGCAAUUAGUCUUGAAAAAUUGUGAAAACUUUUAAACUGCAUUCUGCCCGAGGUCUGUUAGCGUGCGAAAACAUCCGUUUCUCUGUAUAAUAAAAGAACAGCGCCUCAUAGUAUUGUUUACCUCAGAUGAGAUGUAUAAAAAGUAUAAAAGGCUGCUUUACACACCACCAGAUUUGUUGGCAAGAUUUUGUAAAGUAAGCUUGUCGAACGCAAAAAAUUUGGCCUGUUUUUUUUUGCCUCCCUUUUAGAUAAAGGAAUGCAACGUGAACCUAUGAAUUAGAAACCUGUAAAUUGGCUGCCAUCGAGGACUCGCUGGUUUAGUUACGUACACCGGUUUACAUGGUUUCCCAUAUCUCUCUUUUAUUUUUAUGUAAACUGGUUUCAGCAAAUCCUAAGGGAUUAUAAAAUCUUUACCAUCAUUGGACAGCGCUUCUUUAAUCCAAUUAAUGCGGUCCCAAGGGAAAUACUCACGCCUCCUGGAAAUUAAGAGGGGAUGCCUCUUGGGCAUCCUCUAAAAAAAAACAAAAAAAUAAAUAAAUAAAAAGAGCACAAAUGUUUGAAACACUGAUGUACAUAGGAUAUAAACAAAUCACAUAUAUUUUGAACAAUGAGCAAUUUCCCUGUUUAUACUGUUUUGUUCAGAAUUUGUUCAAUAUCAUAAAUGUCAGGUAAUCCAGGCUCUUUGACAGUACACAGUACGGUCCCAGUAAUAUUACAGUUUUUGAAGGGGUUUAAACUACCAUCCUAUAAUUUGUAGGAAAUACUAAUUAAACGUCAUGGUCAUGGACUAUAGACUAAAAGCUUCCUAUUGUUGAGAAAAGAGAAAAGGAGAGUAUUCAAAAACAAUUUAGCCAUCGGCUGGUAUAUGUUUUUUUUCUUAAUUUUUGCACAUGCACGGGUUUUGCUUUGGCGAUUCGCAUUUUUCAAAAAUGAUCUUAUAAAACCAAGAGAGGAUAAAGGGGACAGAGAAGGCAUCCCCCAUACACACCCUAUUCCAUAGGUAAAUCGUCUCGAGUUAUUUUUAAGACCACAGAUCCCAAUUGGGAUUAGACAACAGCCAAUCACAUAGUGCGAAUGUGUUCCGCGUGGAUGACCCACGCUCAGAGCCACGCGUCCUUCACGAAAUGACGCUGAAAAAAAUGGCGGAAGACACGGAGAGCGAUACUGCUAUUCGUUUUGUCGACGAAAACGACUAAACUCAGAGAUUUCUACUAAAGCGGUGUCAGCGAAAUGGAAAUUAAAAAAGAAUCGCCCUUCCUCUCUUGUAUAGAGCUAACAAUACAGCAGGGAAAUCCUUAACACACUAAAUAUUCUCUCAGGAUUAUUUAUAAUUUACAGUUUGAAGAGAGCAAUUUCUGGUUAGAUAUUUAUUCUUUUACUAGUCUUUUAUUAUUAAAAAAAAAAAUAACACUUGGCGUUCUACUUGCUUUAUUGUACAAAAGACUGGUUUCAAUAGACCGGCGAAAUUUCUCAUUUUAUUAAAGCACUGAGGUUACGACAACUUCGAGUUAAACUGAUUUCACGGAUUGUCAAAGAGUCCAGCGAUUCCAUUUUCCCAGGUGAGCGCCGACUCAUUUCGCCUCAAUAUUCAGAAAUGCUCUCGAUCUCUUUACGCUUUCAUUGCCUUUCGCCUGACAUGUUUUGCACGGCGUUUAGUCAUGCGAAACCUCCACGAAACAUCCACGCAGCGCGCGAGGUAACUUGAUCCCGAUUCUAAAAAUAACUCGAGACGAAUUACCUAUGGAAUAGGGUGUGUAUGAGGGAUGCCUUCUCUGUCCCCUUUAUCCUCUCUUGAUAAAACUUAUUCGAUUGCCAAUGUAUUUGUCACGAAAGUACUAAUUGCGGACACUGUUUUUGCGCCUCCGACUUGAGACGGGACAGCCCGCCAGUUUACGUGGUCAUCUGCCAUGAGUCAAGGUCUAACCGCUUGCGUGCAGUGCAAAGAGGAUACCUUAGUGUCAGGCCUGCUCCUCUGUAGUCAAGAGCUCUACCGACCGAGAAUGGCUCAAGCGAACGGCAUAGCCCUCGAGCAAAUGUAUUUUUCCUGACAAACAAUGGCCAACGAGAUUAUUCUGUUCUCAAACUGCACACUCCGCUGGAAGGACAACCUUCUGACUGCCUUAGAGUCACCAGAGGUGGAAAGAAUAUUGAAUAUGAUGGUACUCAGGCCCAACCUACCGAGUCCUAAACAGUUUAUUGGUUGUCCCAGCAGGAAAAACCGUCUCGGCAUCUUUUGAUGUUUCGGCUGGAUACGACGUGAGUGAAACUGGAACUUACACUGUAGCAGUGGACACGUAUAUAGAAUAUGUAGAAAUUAAUGUUAAGGGUAACGGCAAACCACCCAUUCCCAAAAGAGCAGAGCAUUUGUCUUCUCUACUGGUCAUGUUUAACGUCACGGAAAAUCCGUCUAGAAAAACUCUUGGAGAAAAGGCACGUUCCCUUGAGGCAAAUGGUCUGGGAAAGCGCAGUCAGAUUGGUAAGUGCUCCUCGUGA